AAUAUGCGCUUGAACCCUCGCAUACCGCCUUACGUCUGCCUUAACCGUGGUCCGUGGUUCUACCAGUCUCGCUUUGCCUCUAUACAACCACAGUUGUAUCGCCCGUGACCGUCCAGCGUGAUAUCAUAACGCGAUUGUGCAAAAGAUGAGAUAAAUUGGUUUUAAAAGUGAGAACGGCAACACGUAACAUAAUUUCGAAACGAUAAACUCUCUAUUCGCUCCAAAUUUUGGUGAUUUCCGUCGUGAGCUUUUUAUAAACAACGAGUUCGCCAUGCCGGCCGAAGCUGAAACAAAAGUCAUUCUACGCGAAGUGACGGCAGAAAUAUCACAACACAUGCUGUCAGACGUGACCACGCUCCCCAGCGUGCAGCUCGGCGACUUCCUGUUGCAGUUCGAGCUCGAGGAGCCCAGGGAAUCUGUUCGGGAGAUUGCCAGGCGAGAGUUGCGAGAGACGCCAGAAAUUGUCAAACCCGCUGUAGAGGAACUGAGAACCUUGCUAGAAGCGGACAAAGAUUUAGUCGUGCCAUUAGAAAGAGAUGCCUGGCUUAUAAGGUUUCUACGUCCAUGCAAAUUCUACCCGCAAAGUGCCUACGAUUUGAUUAAAAGAUACUACGCAUUCAAAGUGAAACACCACAAGCAUUACGACGGUCUGACGCCUAGCAAAGAGCAGAACGUCUUCAAACAGAAUGUUCUACGCGUUCUGCCCAACCGUGACCAGUUGGGCCGGAGAGUACUCGUUCUAGAAUUAGGAAAAAAGUGGAAUCACAACAAUUGCUCGCUGGAUGAGGUGUUCAAAGGCUGCGUGCUCUUCCUGGAAGCGGCGAUGCUGGAGCCCGAGACGCAGAUCUGCGGCGCCGUCGUCAUAUUCGACAUGGACGGCCUCUCCAUGCAGCAAGUGUGGCAGUUCACGCCACAGUUCGCUAAAAGAAUUGUAGACUGGCUGCAGGAAAGUAUCCCGCUAAGAAUAAAAGGUUUCUACAUAAUCAACCAGCCGUUCGUCUUCAACAUGGUCUUCCAACUGUUUAAGCCUUUGCUCAAAGAGAAGCUGCGCUCUCGCAUCGUGUUCAUGGGCAACGACCGAGAGCUUCUGUACAAACAUAUCAGCCCCAAGUUCCUACCGGACUGCUACGGAGGCACGCUAAGCAUUCCCAAUGUCAGCGGCCCGCAGUGGUUGGAACUGCUAUUGAUCUGCGACAAGGAAUUUGCUGCCAUCAACUCCUUUGGCUAUCGGAAGAAAUGAAGAAUGAGUUUUAGCUAAGUUAUUAGAUUAUUAGGGACCAGUACAAUUUACAAGUAAAAGAAUAUAAUAUCGAAGAUAGUAGCGUACUUCAUAAAUCAUAGGUGCCAGUUCUAUGCUUCUAAGUUCCUGUUCCGAUUUGAGGGCCAAUUAAUGAGAUUGGGCCCUUUAUUACCGAUGACAUAUUUUGUGUUCUGGGCACCUACUAGGAUCCGAGCUAUCUUAUUGUAUUUAAACUAUGGAAAUGUGAUAUAUUACUUUAAGAACUCUUUAUUGAAUUUGCCCUGAAGAGAUCGGUAAAAAUUAAUUAUUGGAUGUACUUUGAUGAAAUAAUUUUAUUUAUCCUCUAUUUUUGUAACAUUUACUUAAUUGCGAUUGUAGUCUAAUGAUGAAAUAAGUUUUACGGGCAAAAAAGUGAAUAUUUAAGAUAUUAUACUAUGAUCACCAAAAAUUUGAAUUUUCGGCCAAUUACAUUAAGAUCCGGUAGCUUACGUUUUUAACUUUUCUAUAAUAGGACUGUAACGCAAUAAAGAUUUUAAUUAUUAGUUAUUAUUAAUAAAAUAUCUACUUAGGGCAGGUUAGGUUAACCCAUUUUAUUAUUGUGAUUCAAAUAUGAGAAGUAGGUAAAUCAGCACACAGAGGAGGUUCAGAUUUCGGAGGGCACAAGCAUUAGUAGACUAAAAUAUAAUAUUUGCAAUAAAAGUUAAACUCACUUCUCCUUCAGUUUAAAAUAAAUAGGGAAUAAAGUAAAGGAAAGAAUGAGGGUACCUACCUACUCUUGUUUAUAGUUAUUAUACCUAUUAUUCUCUUAAUCCUAAUGCUGCAAUUAAUUUUUAUCACUAUUAAUAGGCAAGGGCUGUGAUAUAUUUCCUACUUGCACAUUGUUUUGUAAAUGAUUUAUCGAGUUAAUUUAGAUUUUAAUUUUAAAUUAGGUAAGUAUAAUUAUUAAAAUAGUUUUGUUUGAUGUCGUGCAUGUUGAUGGGAUAGCAAUAUUUUUUCACUAAAAUAACAUACUUAUCUAUUUUUUAUAUGUAAUAAUAAACCGGUUUUAAAAAUAAUAAUUACGUAAGUCCAUAAGACAGGGUUUAAAUGUUUUAGUCUAGGAGAAUGUUUAUUAUGUAAUGUUUAUUAUGUAAGAAAAGUCAUCGAUGUAUUCGAUGGAAAAAGUAGAUUAGGUAUUAGGUCAAUUGCCUUAACAUCGUAAAUCUAUACUCAAGUUUUUUGUAAUGUCUAGGAAAUAAUGUCUUUGAAACUUUUAAGUAAUAAUUGUUUUAAAACUAAGUAAUUAUUCGCUCUAUAGGUAAUCUUAAAAAAUAGACAUCUUAUAUUUGUAUAGGUACUAUACUUAAACGUAAUGACAGAAAAACUAUAGCAUUCCAUAUCUGUAAUCGCAAAA